AUGUAUUAUAUUUGGUAUUACAUAAUAUUACUAUCUUUUUUUACAUUUAAUGUAGAAAGUUUCUUAAAUUAUUUUUCAAAAGGAUUUCAAUGUCCAAAUGGCUGGAAAAAUGUUGGACAUAAAUGUAUAAAAUUAGUUUACGAUAGAAUGAAUACUAUAAAUGCUAUAAAAAAAUGUAAAUCAUUAUCAAAUAGUGAACUAGUAGGAUUUUUCAUUGAUGGUAAUAAUAUUAAUACAUUUAAAAGUGAAUUAUUUAAUAUAAUUGAGAAUCUUACACAUAUUGGUUUAAAUGAACCUGUUUGGCUUUUAUCAGACCAGAUGACUUUAAUGAAAUAUAAUGUACAAAUGAGUGACAUGGAAUAUGAGUUGUGGAAUGAAACAUCAUCUGUUUUAUUGUCAAAUCAAAGUAUAGCAAUAAAAGUUAAUGAUAAAAAAUGUUGUAGUAUAAUAUCAGUUGAUCAAAAUAAUGAAUAUCCAUUUAUAUGUGUAUUACCAAAUAAUGAAAUAAAAAGAUUAUUAUUUGAUCAAACAUUAAUUAAAGAAAGAACACCUAAAUUAAUUGAAAUGCCACAAUCACAUUAUUUUUAUUCUUCUGUUCAAGAUACAACAAUUAAAUUAAAUUGUAAAACGUCACCAAAAAUAUCAUCUAAUAUUAUUUGGUACAAAGGUGGUGUUGAAGAAAUUAAAUUUUCAAAAAGUAAUGAUUCAUAUAUUUUAUCUGGUGGUAGCUUAAUUAUUCCAAUAUACAAAGAUCAAAGAGAUAUUGAAAAUUAUCAUUGCGUAGCUGUUAACAAAUAUGGAGCUAUAAGAAGUCCCACAGCAACAAUUGUUCCUACAUAUAUUGAUAAAUUUAGGUCAACGCGAUUACCAGAAUAUGCUUAUAGUAAUGAAAAUAUUGGUUCAAAGAUAGAAUGUCAAGCACCUAAACAUUAUCCUAAAUCAUAUUCAUUUUCAUGGUUACAUAGUGAUUCAACAGAAAAAUUUGUCUCACAAAAUGAAAGAGUUUUUAUUUCAAUGGAUGGUACAUUAUUUUUUUCCUAUAAUAUUAAAUCAGAUGCUAAAACUUAUGCUUGUUCAAUAGCUUUAGAUACAAUUGGUAGUGGACAAUAUGGUCCUUUUUUUAAAUUUAUUCUUUCACCAAAUACAAGAAUUGAUGGUCCUGAACAUGGUUUUCCUCCUAUUAUUGAAGAAUAUAAACCACAAAUAUUUCCUGAAAAUCCAUCUAUUGGAAAAACUGUUUAUUUGGAAUGUUUUGCAUAUGGUUUUCCCUCACCAACAUAUAAAUGGAGUAGAGUUGAUGGAAAGAAAUUACCCUCUCAAUCAAAAUUAUUAAAUUAUGGUAGAAUAUUAAAAAUUGAAAAUUCUCAAGAGGAAGAUGAAGGAAAAUAUAUAUGUAAUGUAGAAAAUUCACUAGGAAGUGAUUACUCUGAAGUACAUUUAUUUCUUAAAAGACCACCAUUUUUUUUAGAAAAACUGGAUGAUAUUAAUAGUCACAUUAAUUCAACAAUAGAUUUAAGAUGUCGCCUAUUAAUUAAUAGUAUGCAUGAAUAUUAUUCUAAGGAUAUACAAUUAGAAUGGUUUAAAGAUGGAAUUCCAAUCAAUCCAAUAUUAAUGAAUAGUGAAGAUAGGGUAAGAUUUAUUAUUAAUAAUGAUCAUUUAACAAUUUUGAAUGCACAAGUACGCGAUUCUGGUACAUAUCAAUGUUUAGCAACAAAUGAAAUUUCAUAUGACACAACUUAUAGUUAUGUAAAAAUAUCUAAUUAUGAACCAAAAUUUUUUUUCAGUCAAUUUCCAAAAAAAAUAAUUGCAAUAAAAGGUGUUCAACUCGACAUUCCAUGCUUUUAUAAAGCAUCUCCAAUGGGUACUUCAUCAUGGAAAUCAUUAGAAACUAAUGAUUUUAUAGGAUUCAGGAAAGGUGAUGUUUGGCAGACGGUUAAUGAAAGUAAUAUUGCUAUUUUACAUUUUGAAAAAUUAGAUGAAAAAGAUACAGGAUUGUAUGAAUGUACAGCACAAAAUGUAAUUGGAUCUUCAAGUGCCAUAUUAAGAAUUGUUGUUAUUAAUAAACCAACAAUACAUAUAUCAAAUUUAGGUUGGACAAAAGAUACAGCAAGAUUAAAAUGUGAGGUUCAAAUGUAUUGUGAUGAAACAAAUAUUUGUCCGGAAACGCAACUUAACUGGCAGUUAAAUGAUCAAGAUUUAUUUAACAAACAACUUAAUGAUAAUGAGUAUAAAACGAAAAUAAACAUAAGGGAAAUAUCUUCAAAAUAUUCUAAUGGUUUAUUGAAAGUUAAACAAAUUUCAACAUUAGAUAUUAAAGGAUCAAUUAAGAAAAGAGAUAUCAAUAGAUUUUCUUGUCAAUCAAUUUUUGGUACAGCCAUUACAGAAGUUAAACCAGAAUUAUCAUUUUUACAAGAUCAUAUUAUCUUAAAUCUUGAUAACAUUUAUGUAAUUGAUAAUUCAUUAUAUACUGAUUGGAUAAUUGAAGAAGAUCUUAAGAAAGAUAUUAGAAAAUACAAUGAUAUAAAAAUUUAUUUAGAAUGGAUGGAUAAGAAUGAACAAAAAUGGAAUAGGUAUAUAGAAAUUUUAAACGAACAAUUUUUUAGUUCUAAUGUCAUUAAUUUUAAAAUAACAAAUCUUACUGAAGGAGAAUAUUAUAAAUUAAGAAUUUUACUAGAAGUAGGAGAUAGUAAUCAAAUUCAAAUUGAGUCUAAUAAAUGGAUAUAUCUUUUUAAUACUACAACAUAUAAUGAAGAGUAUUUAUUUGAAUGGAAAAAGAUAAGAGAUGAUAUUAUUGAAGUUUCAUGGGAUUUUAUAGAUCUUGAAAAUGUUUUGUCAUCUGAAAUAUAUUAUAAUAUUUCAUGGGAAUAUUAUGUAUCUCAUAUCAAAAAUGGUAAUAAUGAUUUAACAUUAUUAACAUUUUUUGAUAUUAUUCAAGAUAAAAAUAAACGUAUCUAUUUACCUAAACAUGAUGGUAUUACACAAUGCAGAAAAAUGAAAAUAAAAAUUAUUCCUAUAAUAAAUGGUUUUAAUAGUGAUAUAGUUAUAAAAAAAGAAAUAACAAUAACUAAUAAUAUUUAUAAUUUAAAAGCUACAAAUAUUAGAAUUAUUUCACUUAAUUCAACUACUAUUAAAAUUGAUUGGAUAUGGGAUAAAAAAAAUGAAUGUGCUGAUGCUUAUGGAACAAAAAUUAUAUGUUACUAUAAAAACAAUGAAAAUGAAAUUGAACGUACAAUAACACAAUUAAUAUCAAAUUCAUAUACAUCAUGGAUAUUAUAUAAUUUACAACCAGAAACACAAUAUAAUUGUACAAUAAUACCAGUAGAUGAUAAUGGUAAACAUGGUGAUGGUAAUAUUUAUGAAAGUAUUAUAACAAAAGAAGAAGCACCAAAAGAGAUUCCAAAACUUAAUGUUAUUGAUAUAAGAUGGAAAAAUAAUAAUGCAACAUUACUAUUACAAUGGAGUCCAAUAAAAUUAAUAUAUUCUCAAAAUCGUCGCAAAAUUGAUUACAUUAAUAAUAUUGGUUAUAUAAUAUUUAUUUAUGAAGGUAGUACAGCUGAAAUUCCCUCACAACUUAAAAUUCCUUUAUCAACAUUUAUACAUCCAAAUGAUUUAAGUGUUGAGUUACAUGGUUUAUCACUUAUGUUAGAGUAUCGAAUAUCAGUUGCUGGAUAUAAUGAAGGAGGUGUUGGAAAUGAAAGUAAACAAAGAAUUAUAAGAAUAGGUUCAUAUAAUUCAUUUCAAACGAUUAGUUUAAUAUCUUCCUCAUCAUAA